AUGCCAGAUAGACUGGAUGGACUGACUGGCUCCUGUGUGCAAAUCCCAUGUUCAUUUGAUAUUCCUGGCCAAAAUAAGUAUACAUUUAACAGCACAAUACUAACCUCUGGAAUGUGGAUUAAAGAAAGCCCAUACUUUGGUGUGCGCCCGGACAGUGUGAUAUUUAACAGUAGUAAGAUGGUCAACAGAUAUCAAGGGAAGAUAACUGGAAACAUGUCCCAGAAGAACUGCACCACAGUCCUCUUCAAUGUAACCACCAGUUACACUAAUAAAUACUUCUUCAGGAUUGAGAGUCAACCAUUCCGUGCAACAGACACUGGAAAGUCUGUUGAUAUAGUUGUCAGAGAUUUGCCUUCCAGUCCCAUCAUUACUGUCUCAGGUGAGGUGAAGGAAGGGACCCCUGUCAGUUUGAACUGCUCUGCUGUCGUUCCCUGUCCCGAACACCCCCCUGAGCUGACAUGGACUCUCCCAACACAGUUUACACCUAAGAACCAACUGCAGGAGAAUCCAGACCAAACCAAAUCAGUUUUCUCCACGGUGACCUUCACUCCGUUGUACCUUCAUCAUGAGAAGAACAUCACUUGUACUGCAGUCUACCCAGUAGGGGCAAGCAACAAGACAGCUGAACAUAACAUGAUGCUUAAUGUUUCAUUCUCUCCUAAGGACACCUCGGCCUCCAUCAGUCCAGCUGAUUCAGUAUUAGUGGGCAGCUGUGUUAAUCUGAGCUGCAGCAGUACAGCCAACCCUCCUGUGACAACCUUCACCUGGUUCAAGAUCAGUGGGGGUAAUUUAACACAGGUAGCAUCUGGACUGAGUUACUCCCUCAAUGUGACGGUUGUUGAUGGAGGACUGUACUUCUGUGAAGCAAGAAAUAGUCACGGCUGUGGCAAGUCAAAGGAAGUGAGGCUAACUAUUAAAGGGCAAGAAAAGACUGUUACCACAAUGGUUUUUGGGAUUGCAGCAGGAACUUUGGGGGUCCUGUUGCUUAUCAGCCUGAUCAGUGUUAUUGGAUGGAGGAGAAACUCGAGGCUCCACGAUGGACUUGAAAGGACGGACAAUACACAGGGACAGAACUCCCCGGUUGGGACAGUGUGUACUAACCAGGCCACAGCCGGAGAGGAACCAGAGGAACCUGCAGAAGACCAGCCUGAAGAGAUCCACUACGGUGACAUAGACUUCUCCAAACUACGACCCAAAGAGACCCCAGCUGCAGCCCAGGACAGGGUCCAGGGACAGGAGAGUGAGUACGCUGAAGUCAAUGUGACCAGAAGAGGGGUCCAGGAACCACCUCUUAACAAUCUAGAUGGACUUUAUGCACAAGUGAAUUAA